GUUGUGUACUGUCGUAACCGGUGGGAGCUGAUACGUAGGACUGAAAAAGCUGGUGAGAGAGUGAGCGUCCGCCAUAAUGCGCUAGUCCAUGUUGGUAAGUCCAUUCACACCCUCGCGCGUUGAUUGAGGGGAAGGCUCGGUCACUAUGAUUACGCAGACUCAUAUCCGCAAUAAUGUUUUGUGGUAGCGGACCUAUCGAAGACAUGGACAUACAUCAUCUUGUGUAAAGUCAACAUGCACCCUCCAACAUCCAGGCCACAACCCUUCACAUUCAACAAGUUCCGACGUCGAUCGCACAGCCAAACACACAUCAUGCUGACCGGCGUUACUAAGGGUUUAGUAUUGCUACCAUGGCUGGUCUCAGUUGGCGCAUGCGUCAUUCUUCUUGGACAACGCCGUCCACCCACGUCAGACGGGCAAAAUUCAGAUCAUGAAUUCUGGUACGGCGAUCUUUACCAUCCAGAAGACCAAGCAUGUAUCAUCAAAGACAUGCUCGAAGCGCCCUGCCUAAUCACCGGGCUCUUCAUCUGUUCCAGCCUCGUCGGACUUGCCACUAGCUCCAUAUUUUCGGGUAUGCUGCAUCUGAAGGUGCCAUCCAGCGACGGGUUCAUUCCCUGGCUGGCAAUAUCGCCUUAUAACUGCCACCUUAUCCAGAUCUUCAUCGAGCUCCGUGCUUGGAAAUGGACCUCUUUGGGAACAUUCAUCAACAUUGCUUGGGAAGACUUGUCUGCUGAUCCUGCAGCAACCGACCGCAACCGCAUCGUCAAACGUCGAUUCGACUGGACGGUGAUCCUGAGAAUAACAGUAUUGGUAUCAUGCCAGGACGCGAUCAUUCGACUCGCCUACUACCAACUCUUCGACAACGCGGUACGCGUCCUGCGCCUCCGAUACUAUUACCCACACAAUGAAUGCGCGACAUACACUACUUACACCAAUAACUCGGAGGUCUUGACCGGGUCACUGGCACUUGAGGUGGCUGCUUGGACAUGCUGCAAGCUACGUGAGAACGUCAAAACCCUGGAGGACGUUGAGAAGGGAGCUGCUGCCCUGCAGAUGGGUCCAACCCUGGUGGAUCGUGGCCCGCCAGUAUUUGUUGAUCGUUUAUUAUCGUAUAUUCAUUUUCCCGUAUUCAGGUCGUAUUUUGAAGAUGGACCGAGAAUAUUUGAUGAGGUGCUCCGGUCUGGCAGUUCCCGUCGUAGUGGAUCGUGGUUGGCAAUGACGUCGCGCGUUGGACAUUCCCGAAACUCGUUAGCCUGCGAUGUCUGGGCAAGCAUGCACGUACCCGAAGAACUUUGCGUUAGACAAUAA